AUGGUCAUCUCACAUCCUGCCACGCUCUCUGGAACUGGAAAACCGCAUCGCCGUCAAACUUCAAGCAUACAGUUAGUGGAUCCGUCCACUUUUAUGUCUCAGGCCAAUAAGAUCAUGUCAUCUCUGUCACGAGUGAGUGAGCAACCGCAGGCACAAGGCCCAAGCCCUUCCGAAGUUAUCCAUUCACAUGAAAAUGUGCCGGCCCUUCCAUACGGCCCUAAUCAGCCAUUUACUCAGAAUCCUGACCAAGAUAUUCGAAAGGUUCCUGUCGACGAAUUGGCCUAUCCCAUUAAUGCAGUGAUCAGACCGGCUGAAAUUUCUACGCACACUCAUGGUGCUCCAAAUCUUGCAAACCUGUCUGAUUUCUCGGGGUCUCUUGGGGUUCAUGAGUCUCCUGCAGCUGCUGCAACACAUCCAAAUACGCAUGCAGAUACCCUUGUUGGCCUUGGUAUCGAAGGUAUAGAUACUCAGACUACAUGUGCGAACGCAGAUUUCCAGCCUACCGAUGUCACUUCGCUCAAAGCAGAGCAGUGCAAGGGUGGUACUAUAGAAUCCACCAUUUUGUCCCAGGGGCCCAUUGAUACGCAUUUUGUAGAGGAAGGCAAAGUUCUUGUUGAUGGCGUCAGAUACAUUCCCGAAUCUGAACUUUUGCAGAAGUUGGACUUGAAAGAAGCCCUCGUGACAGCUUUCAAAGAUAUCGACAGUCGUGUCUCGUCGAGUCAGAAGUCCGAUUCCGAGAGAGUCGACUCCAAACGAGUUCCAGUCAAGCAAUUGGAGUCCAAGCCUGGCAUUCAGCUGUCAUUGAUUUCAACAACCUCCAUGUCAAGCAAUGUUGUCCAAUCUAUCAUCAAGGCCAAUCCCUUCAGUCCUCGAGAACCAAUUCCUCCUGCAGGCACGGCUGACAAAGCUCCACAGUCCUCUCCGUAA